AUGGGCCUCGGGAAGACGCUCGCCAUGCUGAUGGCGAUAGCAUCAUCCAAGAAGGCGGCUGAAAGACACGGCGAGACAUAUGUGCAGGAUCAACGACAAUUAGUCCCGACCAAAGGAACUCUGGUCGUGGUUACCUCCAGGCAGAUUUUGGAAGUGUGGAAGACUGAAGUAGAGAGCCACUUCCAUCCAUCCUCUCUGUCGCUGGGGAUCUUUCACGAUAAAUACCGAGCCAGUAACCCUCAGGAGCUCAGAACCUAUGACGUGGUGCUCACGACAUAUGGGACUUUGAUGGCUGAUUGGAGUUCCAAAGGCCGAAAAGUACUCCAAGGCGUUGCAUGGUAUCGUGCCAUUCUGGAUGAAGCUCAUUGGAUUCGAAAUUCAAACACCAAGCAGUUCAAAGCCGCAAGAGACUUGGAAGCAACAAGGCGAUGGUGUGUGACUGGAACACCUAUACAGAACUCGCUCGACGACCUGCUCUCACUCCUCAAGUUCCUCCACCUCCAGCCCUUCAGCCAGCAGGCGGUGUUCGAGCGAGAUAUUAUUUCCCCGAUGCGAUCAGGGAACCCUAAUUCAUUCCGGAACUUGAAGUUACUGCUACGUGCUAUCUGCCUACGGCGAAAUUCCAAACUGCUGGAUCUUGAGCCAGUCAAGUUUGAGACAAUUCCCGUCACGCUCAACACCGAAGAGAGAGAAUGCUACAAAGCAAUCCAAGUUCAUUGCCAGCGGGAAUUCGAGAAAAUCACGAGCCAGCAGUCUCAGCUAAAGAGGUACACGGUACUAUUCAGCACCAUCCGGCAGCUACAACGACUAUGCAGCAAUGGCCAGUAUCAGGCUCCAUCAGCCACUGCAGCACAAGGCAACAAAGGAACGACCAAAGGUAAGAAGGGUUCCAGAAUGAGUAUUGACAUUGAGUGUGACUGCUGUGGCGACGAAGACGCGAUAAGCUUGCUUGACGGGCUGAGCGUUUGCCCUGAAUGUUCGAGGCCACUGGCGAACGGGAUGAAACCUAUCGUUGAUAAUUCUUCCACGCCAACGCGUCUCUCCCCGGGAUCUCUUAUCACCGCAACUCCUUCGAGAUCUCCCUCUCCAUUGUCUGGCAAUUCCCUUUCGAGCCCUACUUUCCGAGCUACCUCGUCCAAGUUGAACGCGGUAGCGGAUAAUAUUGAACGGCACAAGGACGGGGGCAAGAGCCUCGUUUUCACAUCAUGGUUGAGCACCCUCGACUCAUUACAGAGAAUCCUGGAGACUAGGGGGAUCCUGUGCUUGCAGAUAGACGGUCGCGUUGGCACAUCCGACCGCGAAGAACGCCUAGAGCGGUUCAAGAAGGACUCUUCUGUUCACGUCCUGCUCAUGUCUAUCCAGACUGGCUCUGUCGGCCUGACGCUGACUGUAGCUAACCGAGUCCACUUUGUCGAGCCUCAGUGGAACCCUGCCGUCGAAGAACAAGCGAUUUGCCGGGCACACAGAAUGGGACAAACUCGGCAAGUGACAGUGAUCAGAUAUAUCGUUGAGAAGAGCGUAGAAGAGACCAUCGCGGCACUACAGAAGAAGAAGAGCCACCUGGCCAAGGUGUCCUUGGAUGCUGCUGAGCAUAAUGGAGAGACGACAGGGCUCGAUGACUUGAAAUUUGUGCUCGACCACGAUCAUGUGGAGUAG